GCGCUUGGCCGACUCCCUUGCAUUUUGUUCCGAUCUGACGACACGCGCGCUUGCCCGCACGCAGACUCCAGUGCACACGAAUAAACAUUUAAAAAAAUACACCCUAAAAUAGGGUUGUACGUAAAUAAAUAAUAAUUCGACAAAUAAAAAUAAUAGUGUAAUUUUUUAGUGUAGUGACUCAAUAAUUAUUAGAGUAAUAAUUGCUCUAGUGUAAUUUAGUUCGUGGUUUUGGACAAUUAAUUAAUUAGUGUUGGAAUUGUCAAACAUGAAUGGGCCAAAUACAACCAUGUCGUUCGUCGACUCGUACCGAAAAUUCAUGGAACGCAAUAGCGAUCCUCGAACGGAAAACUGGUGGCUAAUGUCAGGCCCUGGUCCUCUCCUCACCAUCCUCGCAUCAUACAUCUACUUCUGCACGUCUGUCGGCCCUCGCUACAUGAGGGACAGGAAACCAUAUGACUUGAAGAAUACCAUGAUCCUGUAUAACGUGUCUCAGAUACUGAUGAGCAUCUAUUUGGUGUAUGAGGGUAUGGUUGCCGGAUGGUGGAACGACUACAACUUCUCAUGCCAGCCAGUAGAUUACUCAAACAACCCUAAGGCUCACAGAAUGGCAGCAGCAGUAUGGUGGUACUUCGCAGCCAAGAUCAUUGAGCUUCUAGACACAAUCUUCUUCGUGCUGAGGAAGAAGAACAGACAGGUCACGUUCCUUCAUCUAUACCAUCACUUCAUGAUGCCCAUCUGCGCUUGGAUCGGUGUCAAAUUCUUGCCAGGUGGUCACGGAACUCUCCUCGGUGUGAUCAACUCUUUCAUCCACAUUAUCAUGUACACUUACUACCUGAUCUCCGGUCUCGGACCUCAGUACCAGAAGUACCUGUGGUGGAAGAAACACCUCACCACCAUGCAGCUGAUCCAGUUCUGCAUCAUCUUCUACCAUAACUUCACCGUUAUGUUCAGCGACUGCAACUACCCUAAGGGCAUCAACUUCCUACUGUCCCUCAACGCCGGUCUUUUCCUUUACAUGUUCGGAAACUUCUACUACGUCAACUAUGUCAAAAGCAAACAGACUGCUCAAAGUACCCCGGUUUCCGCGAAUGGGAAAUCGAAAGAGUGCUAGUAAAAAGACUUUAUAAAUGUGAUCAUUUUAGUUUAAUUUAAUUGAAGCUGGCUUUCGCUGGCUUUUGUUGUGAUAGUUCUGUGUUUAAGAUUUUGUAGAAUCUGUGUGCCAAUUGUUUUUUUUUCGUCAUUAUUGAUACUACUUACUUACUUUGAAGAAGUUUUAACCUGAUCAAGCUUUGUUUUAUCUUCGUUUAUUUUUGUAUCUACUUUGGAAAGUACAAAUGUCCUUAGUUUAUCCAAAUAUUUUUCAAAAUCUUAAACAUAAUUAAGUUUCUAAGUAAACGUUCAUAUAGACUUCCACCAUUUCAUAAACUAGGUUUACGACUGUAUAUUUGUACAAAUAAUUUUAAUGUUGGUUUAGGUAUAAUAUAUUAUUAUAUCGAUAGAAACUAUUUGACAUAUUUGCCCUUAUUUCGACUUUGGAUGGACAGUGUAUGCUGUUCCAAUUUUUAUUUCAUUAUUGUUUCUUGACAAUGAAAAUUACACACUGCAGACUUAAAUGUGGACUGAUAGUAAGCCCAACAUUUGGCUAGUAGUUUAUUUUGAAGUUAAUUAAUCCAUUCGAACUUUUUUUUCAGCCGACCAUAAUUUAUGUUUACAGUGUGUGCUUUUAAAAGAAAUUCUUUUGAUCUAUUAUUUUAUUAAUGCAAGUACAAGUUUGUAUAAUGUCAAAAUAAUGUUUGAUGUUUCAUUUCUUAUUAUAACGUUGUCUUUGUAACUUUGUAGUAUUUACCUAUGCUUCCUCGCUUUUUAAGUUAAUCUAAAUUUUAUUUCUACCUAACAAGACUGCUGAUUUUACUUGCAUUUCGACUUUCUUUUAUUUUUUUGUUAUUAUUUUAGUUUGAUGAAAUGAUUACUCUGCAGCAUACACUUAGUGGAGUGACAAGUCUGUAAAGUCAGGAGUUAGUUUAAGAUAGACCAGAUUUUCUUAAGUGGAGAUAAUAUUGUGAAGCUGGGAAAUUAUGCCCACUCUAGAAGUAUGUUGAAUUUUAGUUACCUUUUUCCAGAAACCAAAUCAUAUUCGUAAUUAAUGUUUUAUUUUGAAGUUUAGUUCAAUUUUUAGUACGUUUAAAAGACAACUUUUUUAUUCAUGUUUAAAGUAUAUUUUUACUAUUUGUAUGUUUUUUUUUAUGAAAAAUCUACGUUUUCCGUUGAUUCUAAACAUGCUGUUGAUAUAAGAUGAAAAGAAAAUGUCAGUUUAUCAAACAUCACACGCAAGACUUGUUAUUUUAAGAGGUCUGAAAUAUAUGGGUAAUUUUAUAUAA